AAGAGCAGACGACAAAAUGCCGCGUUUAUCACAAUAUUUGUGUUUGAAUUUGUCAAAAUUACACAAAUUUCCUUCAUUGUAAAUAAUUGUAAACUUUGUAAACUUUGCAAACAAAUUUAGUGAAGAAUUUAUUUUCAAACCUGACUCGAGUUGUUUUUGAACUUUCAUAGAAUUAACAUUGAUGUUAAUUGACAAUUUUGAAUGAUGAAUUGUCGUCUAAUUCUACGUGGAUUAUUGUCGUCGACGGUGAAGAAUUUUAAGAGAAACAUUUACACAACUGCUGAAUGUAGAUCACAUCCGGAUGUUUGGGAACCUGAUCACAGAGGAAGAACAUCCUCGAAAAUUUAUAAAAAUGCUGCGAAAAAAACACCGGAGGAAUUAUUAUGGGAGGAUGAAAGUUAUUUGGAAAAAUUGAAAUUAGAAUUAAAAUUAUGGAAAGAACAAUUGAUACUCUGCAAAAAUGAAGUGUUAAAUUUUGAUGGGCCUAUUCUUGUCUAUAGACGUGGAGAAGUUGACGUUUAUUGGAGAUUCAGUGAAGAUCCAAAUUGUCUGAAUCAAUGGAUUGUCACUGCGGAUAGUGAUUGUGAUGAUGGUUUUUCAACUUGCAAAUUAGAACUAUCACCAAAUGGAACUGGUAUAUUCAGCGGCAAUUUAGACACAAGACUCCCAGAGACCGGAGAGAAUACACACGCCGGAUUUUGCAAUAUUCGAACAGUGAAUGCGAUGAAAUCGUUUUACAGAGAAACAGCUUUAAAUUGGGCUCCUUACUCUCAUCUUCGAAUGCGAGUAAGAGGCGAUGGUCGUGUUUACUUUAUAAAUAUUGGAUUACUACAAACCUUUGAUGUUCAAUGGUUUCAAAUUAACAAAUAUUUAUUGAUGACACGCGGUGGACCCUAUUGGCAGGAUAUUAAAAUACCAUUUUCGAAAUUCUUCCUCACCCACAAGGGAAGAGUUCAGGAUCGACAGCAGCCAUUGGAGAAGAUGAAAGUGAAAAAUUUUGGCAUUACACUCGCCGAUAAGACGCCGGGACCUUUUAAAUUGGAAAUUGAUUAUAUUGGUUGCGAAUAUGAUGAUUAUCAUAAGGAAGAAAGUGCCUACGAAUCCUAUCAUCUUGACACUAAUCGAUGGUAAAUGAUUGCAAUGAGGAAGAAAGUUUUUCAUUAAAAUAGAAAUUGUGCGAAUGAAUUAUUUUAAAUAUUGUUAUUUGCGGUUAAAUUAUUUAACCGCGUGGGAUAAUUUAUUGCUGUAAUAAGUAUGAAAAUAAUUAUAGAAAUUGUAUAAUAAUAAUUGUAAUA